GCCAAUCCCCCGACGGCCCCCCAACUUUGAGAUACCCCGUGCAGUCCCGCCCCCCUCGGAACUCCUGGGGGCCCUUGGACGCCCGCCCGACUCACCUGCCCGGUUAAAAUCUCUUAUUCCUUGACCGCCCCCACCCCCACCCCGACCGGCAGACCCCAGCCAUGGCCCGGUCGUACGGCGGCCGGGUGCUGGCCGCGAUGACCCUGCUGGGCAUCCCGGCGGCCGUGCUGGCGGCGCUGGGAGCGCAGCUGCUGUUCCAGCUGCAGGCGGGCCGCGCGGAGCUUCGGGGGCUGCGCGCCGACGGGCUGGGCCCCGAGCUGGGCGGCGGCCCCGGGCUGCCCGAGGACGCGGCCGGGGCGCUGCUGCCGCUGGCCGCCGCGCUCGCCGCGCUCGCCCUGGUGCUGGGCCUCACCUGCCUUCUGCUCGCCGCGCUCUGCGGCCAUCUGGGCGCCGAGCUGGCGCGGGGGCCUGGCCCCGGCAGGUCUGACUGGUUUCUCUAUGACUGCCGUCUCCUCAGACACGUGGCCCUUGGUGUUUUCUGCUGUGGGGUCUCCGUCUACUUAGCAGCACUGUCCAUCUAUGCCUUGCUGCUCUUUGAGAUCGAGACAGGUGCGGCCGCCGCCUCCAUCCUCGGAGUGGGUGCUCUGGUGCUGGUGGUGGCCCUCACCCACACUCUGCUCCGGGCUGCCCGGGCCACCCGCCGUAGCCUCCAUGAACUGUCUCCACCGCACUUUGAAGACGACCCUGUCCACCCUGCUGAAGUCUCCAAGGCCAGCCCCAGGGCUCAGCCCCAGCAGGGUACCCACCACCGGACCCCCUACUCAUCCUUCCCAGAAUCUGGGGACCCCUUCAGACCCACGGGCACUGCUGUAGCACCUGCAGCCCUGGGGGGAGGCCGGGAGAGCAGCCUGCCUUUACCCCGCAUGCACCGGACUCUGUCUGCUGGCAGGCGGCACUGGGAAGUGGUCACCCACGAGAUGCGCAGCAUGCUGGGCCACCGGCCAGGGGCCUCGGGGAAGGACUCCACACUAGUGUGAACCCAAGGAUCAGAGAUAGCGACCUGGUGUCAGGCCUGCUGCCUGACAGAUAGGUCCAGACUCAACCACAGUAAUAUGACUUGAUUUCUCAGUUCACAGCAUCCCUGGCUUGUGUCCUCAAGGCUGCUUCAUGGCACAAAGUGGCUGCCAGGGCUCUAGCCUUCACCUCCUCCCUCAGAGGGAAAGGCAGAGGCCAAGGGGUGGGGGGCUCAGCAUCUUCUAGAAAUCUUUCUAGGAGGCCUUGGGACCCUCCUGCUUAUACCUCACUGGCAAGAACAGAGUCACAUGGCCACAUCUCCAGGCAGGAAAGGCUGGGAAAUGUAGCUGUCAGAUGUUAGAGGCAGGAGGGGAGUGUUGGGUUUAAAUAGUGAUUCUCUAAAUGUCUCCAUCCGUUUUACAGAUGAGGAAACCGAGGUCCAGAGAGGGGCAGUGACUCACCAGGAGUCCCAUGGCCAGUACUGAGAAUCAGAGUCAGGAUUCGA